AUGACAAACCCAGCCUGCCUCUCUCCUUCCACACUGAGUCCAAACCUACAGUCACUGGGUCCUGAUUGUGACAGUGGAGCCCAGUUUGCACUGCAGGAUCCAGAAAUGGCAUCAGUGAAGGUGGAAGACUACAGUCAAACACUGGAGCUGAAUGUCAACAUUAAAGAUGAAGAAGAGGAGGAGAAGAUUGGGGAAUCUGUUUCUCAUGACAGAAGAGGACCGGCCACCCCUUUGAGCCUGGUUCCUCUCUGUUUCCUCCAAGGUUCCUGCUUUCUAGGGAGUUUUUCGUGGCCAUUGUGCUUCUACAUCUGCAUUGCUUGCUCUUUGGGGAUUUCGGGAGACCAUGUUGAGACAUUCUCUACAUCCAGAGAGCAUCAGCAGGAAGAUCACAGAGCAAAGAUGUCUCACCACUGCACACAUUGUGAGGAGAUUUUCCCAUUUCUAUCAAAGCUAAAAAUACACCUAAAAAUACACACAGGAGAAAAGCUUUACUCCUGCUCUGAAUGUGGAAAAUGCUUGAAAACAUCAACUAAACUAAAAGUUCAUCAGAGAACACACACAGGAGAGAAGCCUUACUCAUGUUCUGAAUGUGGAAAAUGCUUGAAAACAUCAACUAAACUAAAAGUUCAUCAGAGAACACACACAGGAGAGAAGCCUUACUCAUGUUCUGAAUGUGGAAAAUGCUUCAAAACGUCAACUGCGCUAAAAGUUCAUCAUGGAACACACACAGGAGAGAAGCCUUACUCCUGCUCUGAAUGUGGGGCGAGUUUCUCUAAUCGGUACACCUUAAAACGACAUGAACGUAUACACACAAGAAAGAAGCCUUACUCCUGCUCUGAAUGUGGAAAGAGUUUCUCUCAACUGGGUACCUUAAAACGACAUGAACGUAUACACACAGGAGAGAAGCCUUACUCCUGCUCUGAAUGUGGAAAGAGUUUCUCUCAACUGGGUACCUUAAAACACCAUGAACGUAUACACACGGGAGAGAAGCCUUACUCCUGCUCUGACUGUGGGGCGAGUUUCUCUCGUCCGGACACCUUAAAACAACAUGAUUGUAUACACACAGGCGAGAAGCCGUACUUCUGCUCUGACUGUGGAAAGAGUUUCCGUCAACUGGGUAACUUAAAAAAACAUGAACGUAUACACACAGGAGAGAAGCCUUACUCCUGCUCUGACUGUGGAAAGAAUUUCUCUCACCUGGGCACCUUAAAACAACAUGAACGUAUACACACAGGAGAGAAGCCUUACUCCUGCUCUGACUGUGGAAAGAGUUUCUCUCAACUGGGCACCUUAAAACAACAUGAACGUAUACACAAAGGAGAGAAGCCUUACUCCUUUUCUGACUGUGGGGAAAGUUUCUCUCGUCCGGACACCUUAUAAUGACCUGAACAUACACACACUGGAGAGAAGCCUACUCCUGCUCUGACUGUGGAAAGUGUUUCUCUUGAAUGUGCCAUUUAAAAAGACACCAAAGGAAACACGAGAGGAGCCUUACCACUGAUCUGACUGUAGAAAAUGUUAAAACACCAGCUGAGCUUAAAGGUCAUUAGAGAAAAGACAAAGGAGAGAAGCCUUAUUUCCGCUCUCAAUGUGGCAAGAGUUUUUCCCAAUUGGGCAAUGUAAAAACACACCAACGGAUACACACUUCAGAGAAGCCUUAUCACUGCACUGACUGUGGGAAGAGGUUCUACAGAUUGGGUCAUUUAAAAAGACACAAAUGUAUACAUAAAGGACAGGCCUCAUCAGUUCUCUCAGACCAGCUAAGAUUAGACACUCCAUUUAAUUCUCAUGUCAUUAAAUAAUUGGCAACGUUGAAUUUGAUCAAAUGAAGAAAGUGUAGAACACUAUUGUAAUCCUAUAGUUUCUCACUGUGAGAGAACAAUGCAGAGGAAAGGGAGCAUUAUAGAAUGUUAGUCUCUCUUUACUGAUCAGUGUGCACCUUGUCAGUUUUGGUGUGAGAGAGAAUAAAGUAGACGGCGCACGUCAAACGUUUGAUUUAUGACCCUAUGUCCGGAUGACGUGUGCAUGCCCAUAUUUGGGCAUCCGGUAAGGACAUCCUGGCGGGAAGUGAUCACGUGGUUAUGCCCAUAUAUGUUUAUCCUGUUCCUGUUCUCACGCCUUGGAGUGAGUGCGACAAUAUGUAUAUAAUGCCUUUGAAGUUGUCAUGAUGAUUGAUGUCUAGUGACCUCUUUGAACUGGGGGGGAUGACCAUUUCAAAGAGUUUGACCCCCCCACCCCCUGUUUUAUUGACCUUAGGGUUGUUGUCUAUGAAACACGAAUGUCCUGGGGUAUUGGGGUUGGCAGACGCCUUAUAAAUAAAGCCCAGAACAAGACAUGUGUCCCCAGAACACUAAACAAGAUUUUUUAAAUCAGCAUGGAUUUUGUGAUCAGUGGCAAAGCUGUGAUGACUGUAACAAUGGAAGCAGGACCUCGGUUGAAACAUCGAGAAAGGGCCAAGUAUCAAGCCACAAUAUACGAUGUGCCAAAAAAAGCGGUUUCUAAGUGUGUAUAGAACCCAAAUACCGCCCGCAACUACGCUGAAAGAUCAAGUGCUGAUGUCUAAUGGACAUCAAUCGGGGUAUCGGUUUGAUUACCUGGCCUGUAGAGUGAACCUCUAUACGGUAGCCUAAGGAGAAGAAUAUACAGACCAGACUUUAGGAGUGGACUAUGGGCUUGAAGACUGGACGGUUUUUCGCAAGGUUGUGUGUCCCGAACUGAGCCUUAUCACCAAGGGGUAUAGCUUGUUCAAGGUGCCCAUGACUCCUCAGGAAGAAUAAUUCACAGGGUGAAAAUACAAAGAAAGAAUGGACUUCCAUGUGGCUACGUGGAGUUCUAUUUCGGCAACGAGGAAACCCGCAACCAAAACAUUUUUGAUGGUGGUGAUUUUAGGUUGCGCAUGCUUAUUCCUUUUCAAAUUUGGGAUCUAAUGGAAUUGAAAAUGUUCCAGCUGUUGGACGCUCUCUUUGUACAGAGCCAACAGCGGCAGAGCAUUGUUCAUGUAAAGAAGUGCAUAAUAUAUACGAAUCUGAGGAUUAUGAUUCAAAGGAGCCCCAAGAAGGUACAUCCUCAGAAGGGACAGCCUCCGAAGAAAACUAAGUACGCGGUUGCGUUAACCACGCCCUGAUACCCAAAGGACUGGUUCAACAAUAAAAGGAGUGCCCUUAAAGCCUCCAGUUCUUAAUUUCAUCAUACACCAUGGAUAUUCAUACAACAUACCAGGACUCCGAUACGACAUGGGGGCCAGACCCUAAGGACUUUAUGCCUGGCGAGACCCACGACACCCCCUACAUGUACACAGUCUGAGGACGUGUUUGAUGGGGUAGUCAGUACUAUUUUUGUGGACACCAUCAAAGCCUCUGUAGCCACACUUCUAGACGUGGUGAUUGGAGAAUAUAUAAGAGAGAAAUGCAUCGGUUGUGAGAUCAAUCACCCCAGCAAGCGCCGUAUAUGACCCGCCAAGAUACUACUUCUUCAACCAAUUUGAGGAGCUGGUGAAAAGACUGUGGUCCUGCAGGUUUAUACCAUCGCUGGUCAGAGCCCUGGAAUCUAUGGGUCUUGUGCCGUCUAUCCCCAGAGUUUACUUGGUAACCACGGCAUUCCUACAUGAACUGAAGGAGGCAAUCUACAUCCACGAUAAACUCAAAGAAAUCCGACACACCCUGUUGGACGACAAUAAAUACCGGGAAGCUGUGGUGGCUGAUGUGAUGACUUUCUGGCUCAAUAAACCCCAAGAGACCGAGUGACAUUUUGUUAUUUAGAUGUAAUGCAAUGGGCAACUAUGUGUAUACGAUGUUAGAGAUAAUAAAUAAAUGUCUUCUUUUGAGAGAACUUACAAAUGUUAUGCAUCAGAUUAUUGAAAAUAAAGUGAACGAUGUAUCAUUCUACACAACACACAAUGCCUGGGUUAAUGUAGAGCGUGUGCUGAAAAUGGAACAAAUCAUGAAUCAUGUUGUGGAUGAUUCUGAAGAACUAGAAACAACUUUGUCUAAGAUUUUACUUUAUUUGUUUGAAACACCAUUUAAUUGUAACGUGUAUCAUAUUUGUUGUUUAUAUGCUUAUAUAUUGGACAUUUGUGUUUUCAAAGUUCAGCGACACAAGUCUGUAAAUCAAAACCAAAUAUACAGGGUGUUGCAUGCUGUGAUCGUUGAGAAAUCUGGGACACGUAUCCUGCAAAGAAUCCUGAAUUGUCUGUUUACGUAAUACUUGAUGCAUGAAUAAAAUAAAAUUCUAUAAUGAAAAUGAAA